GGAGCAAAUGUGAUCGAUCUUGGUCGAGUAACGUUAGCACAACGCGAAAACCCCUUUGAUUUUUGGCUCGUGGAAGAUGCCGACCAUAAAAGUACUCCAAUGCCCUUGAGGGUAGUUUGGUCAUUUCAAAGAAGUUGAAUAAAAAGAAGUUGAAUAAGAGUUCUGGAGGGUAAUCCCGGUACAAGAAAAUAACAACCAAGGGCAAUAUGGGCAUUAUGACCUCAUUUUUAAUUUCCCAGAGCCAGAAAGAGGGGAGAGAGAGAGAGAGGAGGCGUCUCCUGGUGCCCGGUGGAGUGGAGAGAGGAAAAGCUUCUUCGUUCUCUCUCUCUCCAUAAAUAGAGUAGAGUACCGAAGAAGAAGAAAGACGAAUUGUUGCUUAUUUAUUUAAAUUUAGAUUUAGAUAAACGCCCCCAGAUUAAGAUUAUUGGAGAGCCGAUCAUCGGAUCCGCAAUUCAAUUGCAGAAAAGGGUCUCUAAGAAUCGCAAUGGUGUCGGCUAAUCGGGAGAUGGUGGUCUAUUGCUUCGACACCCUCGUUGCUCACUACAACAGCGAAGAAGCCCCCCCUCCUGCUUUCGACGAGGGUCAACAUCCGUUGUUUGUCACCUGGAAGAAAGUGGUAAAUGGUGGGGAGCCUCGAUUGCGUGGAUGCAUAGGAACUCUUGAAGCUCGUUGCUUGAUCAAUGGUUUCAAGGACUAUGCUUUAACCAGUGCUCUGAGAGACCGCCGGUUCCCUCCUAUACAGGCUAAAGAAUUACCUUAUUUGGAAUGUACAGUUUCCAUUCUGACUGAUUAUGAAACUGGUCUUAAUUACCUUGAUUGGGAGGUUGGGAAGCAUGGUAUAAUUAUUGAGUUUACUGAUCCGGACUAUAAUACUAGGCGGAGUGCCACAUACUUGCCUGAGGUGGCUGCCCAUGAAGGUUGGACAAAAACAGAGGCAAUUGACUCGUUGAUGCGAAAAGCUGGCUAUAAUGGCGUCAUCACAGAGUUGCUGCGGAAGCGCAUCCGACUAACCCGUUAUCAGAGCACCCUGUUUACUAUGCACUACAGCGACUAUGCCUCCUAUGUCAAGACAACCAGAGGCAUAGCCCCAGCCGUUGCUGCUACCAAGCCUGGUAACUACUGAUUAGUCUGGUCUAAUCAAAAUAAUUAUUUUAUAAAAAAAAAAAAGGAAAAAGGAGAAAGGAAAAGAACCGGGUUGGCUUGGGUUGGUUUGUGUUCUAACCCCUGCACCCAAAUUGUUGUGGAAGUGUUGAUAUCAUUCUUCAAAUUCAUUUGAUAGGGACCAAAAACUCUCUCAUGAAUUUGGGUCAUUGCACUUUAUUAACAUUUGGCAGCUGAUCUGGGAAAGCUGUACUGCUGUAGAACUCUGUAGCUUGUAAUUUCAUUUCAGCUUUGCAUUUUCAUUUAA